GCGCCGCUGCCCCGUGCCCCGGAAGGCCCCGCGCCGCGUCCGCCGGGCCAUGGCCGCGCUCUCCCGCACGCUCGGCAUCUUCGGCGCCUUCGUGGCCAUGGUGGGAGCCGCCUUUUACCCCAUUUAUUUCCGGCCGCUGCUGCUGCCGGAGGAGUACAAGAAUGAACAGUCAGUUAACCGAGCUGGUAUCGUUCAAGAGGAUAUUCAGCCUGCAGGGUUAAAAGUGUGGUCGGAUCCAUUUGGAAGAAAGUAAUUGGCAGCUGGAUUGUAUUGCAAAACUGAAGAUGGACGUCUUCAGCUGCUUCUUUCACUGAAGUGUGUCUUUAGGUGUCGCUGGAGCUGAAUUCUGAAUAUGCUGUGUGGGCACAUGAGGAGCAACAAAAGCUACUGGUUGGAAUCCCAAGAGAUAAAGACAUGCUACUUUUGAGAGAAUGCUGGUGUGUAGCUCACAGACUGUUAGAAAGCUGAAUGAUUAUUGAGUGUAGAAAUGAAAUAUUUAUUUCCUUGAGAAAAGGAAAAGGAUUUUCUUCUAAUCUGUACGCUUGUAAAUUAUGGAUAGAAUAAAUCAUGCAGACUGCUGCAAUUUCCUCUCUAGUUUAAAGUUACAACAUGGUGAAUGUAAAUUUGUACAUUAAAAAAUUUAAACCAA